AUGGGGUCUUUUCAGAAGGGCAUCUUCCUCGCCCUGUGCGGUCUCCGUUUGAUUCAAGGGACAGUUGUGUUGUCUGUAGCUGAGCCUGAGAACAACCAAAUCAAAGACCGGGCCCUGUACACCUACCCAUAUACCUGCCCCUCCAUUCUUGUCGGCACCGGGGAUACAUGUGACGAUCUGGCUUCCAGGUGUAGCAUAUCGGCAGCAUCAUUCACUUCCUUCAACCCGACGACUGGCUGCUCCUCUUUGCCUCGCGGAAAACCCGUAUGCUGCGGGCCGGGAGAAACUCGAUUCCCACCGGAUAGUGGUGGUUACUGUUACGCUUAUACUAUUCGCGAUGGCGAUACAUGUGCGAAGAUUGCCGAGGGGUACAAGAUCACGACGGCCGAUAUCGAAACUUGGAAUACUAAUACCUCAGCAUGGUACGGAUGCAACAAGCUGCAGCAGGGGGGCCAGGUUUGCCUCAGCAAGGGCGAGCCAUCAAUGCCAGUGGCAAUUGGUGGUGCGGUCUGUGGCCCCCAAGUGCCUGGAACAGCACGCCCCAUAUUAUGGACUAGUAUUGCCUCUUUGAAUCCAUGCCCUGCGGGUCAAUGUUGCUCUACAAAGGGUCAAUGUGGUACUGGCAAAGACUUCUGUGACUCAUCUGCACCUGCAGCUGCCGCGCCACCAGCGCCUGCAACCAAAGCUAAAUCAGCUGUCUCGGAAGCUAAAGCUGCAACUGCAAACGAAGUUACAUCCGUGAAAACUACAUCUGCACCAGCCGCUAUCGCGCCACCUGUGCCUGCAACUAAAGCUAUAUCAACUUCAUCUACAACCAAAGCUACGUCGGCGGCAUCCGAAACUAAAGGUGCACCAUUGUCAGCCAGAAGUUUUGUGACAAUGACAGCUGCAGCUGUGACAGUGACAGUUAAAGCCGCAUCUACAACAAAAAACGCGGAUCCGCAUGCUUUCACGACAGAUAUACCUUUGGUUGAUGUACCCUUGACAUUUCUACACCCAGAAGAUACGAAGUCCGCUCCAGCUGCCGCCCAGACCAAGGCGGCCACUGGCGAUGUUGCUGAUUUCCUGAAACCAGCCAAGGAGAUCAGUAUUUUGGCGAGCCAACUUCGGAAUAAUUUGGUCUCUACAACCACAAGUGUGACCAAGGCCACGGGUGCUGCAAAAAGCAAGGCCCCAAGCGAAAACUCGCAGACAAAAAAGUCACCGACACAAACCGUAAAUGGUGUCGUCACUGUACCCAGUGGGUGGUCGCUGAAGAUGUUCGAUGGAAUAGGUUGCACUGGCAGCUACGUGUUGCUUCAAGGUCACAACAAGAAAUUGGAGGACAGUACCUGCAUGAAAUUUCGCUCGGCGAGUACGCUCCAGACCGAUGUUACCGACACAGCUGUUUCAUGUCGCUGGUGGACUAUACCAGAAAGCGGUAAUUGGGAGUGGAGGGACUGUCACAGCAAUUCUCUGAAUAGACCCAAAUCGUGGAUUAUGUCGAAUGGUUUGUGUACCGUUUCUCCCAAUACGAAGUGCGAUCUUGUCAGCGACAUUUCCCAAACCUAUGGCUGGCGGGGUCCUGGGUUGUGUCAAGAUCGCAAGACGGUGGAUCCGACAUUUGGCUCUUUGAAGUGUUAUGUUGGAUAA